GUUGGUUAAAAAAAAAUAGUCCCAUCCCUCACAAAACCCCAUCAUCACGAGGACACCUGCGGAGCCUCUAGCAGAGAACGCCCCUCAGAUCCUUCAGACCCUUCAGAAGGCCCGCGUAAAUCCGGUGGACUGCUUUCCGACCUGAGAAGCUGCGGUGGCUGGGUUACCAUAAUACUGCUGGCGGUGGAAUCCGACCGCUGAGAGCCCUGCCGGUGCAAUCCGUGAUCGUCGCUAUCAGACGUCGGGGUUGGUGGCGAGUAGGCGAUGGUUGGAUUUACCGCCAGGUCAUCCUCCACGGACUCGACGGAGUGCGUGCGUCUAUGGCUGGUGUUUGAGGCAUCCUUGCUGCUGUCCCGGUAGGAGGAGUUGGGUCUUGAGCUAGGGCUUGCGGAGGGCGAUUCGAAGGAAUGGGUUGAGGAACGGUAGCUCUGGGAGCGGGAGACCAUGGUGUGCACGCGCGGGAGUUCGAGAUAGUUGGCUAUCGAGCUGCGGGAGAAAAGCACGAGCCCGAAGCAGAUGAGGACGAAGACACUUUGGAUGAUUGAGAUGCGCUUUUGGAAGAGGAGCUCGUCGGCUAGGAUUCCUAGUUGGCUGCUCAUGGCGAAGACCUCCUGAUGAUAAUGAAGUCGUUGUUGUUCGAAUUCGACGGCCACGGAGUGCCAGACCUGGUCGUACUGGUGGCGAAAUUCUCGGAGCUCCUGCAGCACCGAUGUAUUUAAGUUUUCGAGGAAUGUGGUGGUUUUUGCUAGCUGUCGCUUUUCCACUUUGCUAAAAGCAUCUCGAAGGAUGCGUGACUGCUCUUCGAUAUACUGUAACGAGAGGGAAGAGUUUGUCUCCAGCAUAUGCAAACGUUUGUUCACGGAUUUAAAGAAGGAUUCUUGAGUCGUAGGGUUAGGUUGAUGCUGCUGAACUGUAGUCGACGGUUUCGAUGACUCAGAUGAACCACCGUACUCGGUCUUGUGAGUACUAGUGGAUGUCGCAUGUUGAGACUCGUUAGCAGGAUUUUGAGCGCGGGAGUCCGUCACGGUAGGCGUAGUUUUUUGGGUAGGGCUAGCCACAUUCGAAGACGAUUCAGCACUGGGAGUUAUCGGCGUGGCAUCCUCUGCCACUUUAGCAGGGCCAUGAGCCUGGACUGAAGCUGACUGAACUGCAUCCAUUGAUUGGUUGUGGGCGCGAGGUGCCUCCUUGAUAAGGCACACUCCGUCUUCCUCUCCGGCAAGACUGCGCGAUAAGAUCGCCCCAAUAUCAGCCUUUGGAAGACAUAUAUCCUCCGGCUUCUGAACGCGAGUUGGUUGCACGUCAAAUCCACCAGCUCCAGUUGAGCCAUCACUCUCCUUCCCGACAACCUUGCUCUGAUUAGCAGUGGGAUUAUCUGGUCCAGAUUCCGAGGCCACGUUGCCCUGAAUCUGGGCUGAAUUGUGGUCUUCUAAACGGGCAAUAAAAUUCGUUACCGUAAUGAGUCAAGAAUUCGAUCUUCACAUAUCUGGCCCAAAUGAGGGGAUUCUCAACUGCGAACGCUUGAACCUCUCGAGAAUUAACUGCUUCAUCGAACUGAAAAACUCAUAGUUGGCUAGCACAAUAGUAUCGAUUAAAAUAUCGUCACAGAGCUCGACUAUCAAGAAUUUAUCCCUAGCCCUACACUCGUUGAGCAUAUAAUUGUCUUUAUUCUCGGUCAGAACGGACGAUGCGCCGCUGCACUGGGGGUUGGUCUUCAGCACUGUAGCCGCGCAAUCAAACGAUGCAUAAUUAAAUCGUUCCUUGCAUGUAGUCCCCGCAUCCUUUCUCUUAGAAACACCUCCACGAGUCGUAGUUUCAAUCUGCGUUUCUCCUUCUGCGCCUCUCGUAGCCGACUCUGCCCCAUCGGCAUGCGGAGCUUGACCUUUCCCAACCUUCCUCUCCCAUGACGCCGGGCCAGAAUUUUCAGGCCCAAACCCACCGAAUUCCAACGCAAUCUCACCGUCUUCACCCAAGGAAUCCAAAGAAUUGUCAAUCCCCAUAGGGCGCUGGCGUCUUCCGCUGGCCUCAGAUCCAGCACCUUGGCGAUCCCCCCUAACAUGUUCCACCGAUUGGCCCACUUUUGCCAAAUUCUGCUUCUUCCACUCUUCGAAAGAAAGAAAAUUCGCAUUAUCAAGAGGCGACUCCGUAUCUAAGUCCUGGUCCAGACCACUUGAUCCUGACGUAGUCGCUGUUACUGUUGAUGACGGCGAUGGUGAAGCACCAGGGGGAAUCGAUGCAUCAAUGUCAGCUCCUCCAGAUGAAGAAUUCGACGUAUAAUUUUCGACGUGCCCAAUACCGGCCCAUUUCGGUUCUAAGCAGACAGGGUUCUGCAUGUAUUCCAACUGAAUAUCCGACAGGUCCCUGUUGGGACAAGUUGCAUCUAAUGCUCGCGAGCUAAUAUUGGGUUGCUCAAAACCCAGAUUUCCCCCCGCGUGCACAGCAGCAAGUAAAGCAAUAGCCCAGAAGUAUAGCAAGCGAUCCGUAGCCCGACAUUUCGUAUGAGCACCACGCGGGAAGAGGGUAUAAUGCCAGGCCAUAUUUCCCCGAGGUAACGCUCGUGAUUUCGUGAUAAAAAAAAAUUGAAGAAAAAGGAAUAGAGAAACGGCGCUCAGAGUAACUAUGUACGAAUAACCACGAUUAAGAAAGAAAAAAAAACCUAUCAAACCAGAAGCGUUUGGUAAGCACAGGACUUCAAAUCAAAGAAUCCAUAACGUAUCGACAACGUUUCAAGUUUGACCAUCAUGGAUAGACAGACAAUAGUUAAAAAAAAAGAGCAAAAUCGAAAGGACCAAAAUCCUCACCUUUUCCUCAACGACAGCAACAGCAACAGCAGAUUUGCGGUGCCUUCGCAACGCCAGCACCGGAAAAUUCAACAAGGGUCCCUCCGCGUCCAGUUCGAUGGCCCAUUCUUCGUUUUCCUCACUUUUCUCCUGUCGGAUCCGCAGCUACCAGAACGGCAGUCCACAGCAUCUCCCUAUGUUGUUUAUCAGUCGCUGCGCCGUGAUUUCUUUUUCUCGUCUGCGGCCGGGCGGAUUCUAGACACCAACAACUCAGGUCGAGGGCGUCGUAAAGGAAAGGGAAAAAUAGGAGAUUGUCAAAGUAAUACGAUCGUAUGCGAAAGAAAGAUUGCGGAAGCUGUUGUGGAAGAGAAAGGAGCAAUAAGCUUUCGUCUUCGCACAGCUUUGAAUUCCGGGGUAAAAAAAAAAAAAAAAUCUGGCCUCUUGAGUUUGCUUUUGGUAAGGAACCGCGUUAGGGUGUUCGGAAAAGGGAAAACGGCUUGCCGGCCGUUGGCGACAGGGAUAUUAUCCGGCUACAAAGAAGCCCUGUUCUGUGUUGAUUAAAUAUCUUCUUAUCUCUCCCUCAAGGUAUGUAGUUAGACAGACCGAUUCGUUCAUAUGAGAAAAAGGGAGCUGGGAUUGGGACUGAGCGGAAGGUGGUUGGUUGGUUGGUUCGUUCGGUUCGUUGGUUAGCUAGUUAAUAAUAAUAAUAAGCUCGCGGCUAAAAAGACGCCUUAACGUAUGCCCCACGCGCUGUUGCUCUCUCUAAAAGAAACUGCUGCGAAGAGUGUGAAGGUCGGAUCAAA